CGUCAUCGACCCGAGAUUUCCAGACCACAAAACCCCAUCGUCCCUCUCUCUCUCUCGCUACGUUCGUCUUUUCCGCUUCUUGCUCUCGGUUUGGAUUUGUGCGUAUCGGGCUUGAUCUCUUUCUCUCGUUACUGACUGCUCUCCUGGAGGGAGGAGGAAGCGGAAUGGCCGGGGGAGGCGGAGGCGAAAAGGACGAUAUCCUGCUGGAGUUCACGCCCACAUGGAUCGUCGCCACCGUGUGCUCUGUAAUCGUCUUCCUCUCCCUCUUCGUCGAGCGCUUUCUCCAUUACCUCGGAAAGGAUCUGAAGAAGAAGAACCAGAAGCCCCUCUUCGACGCGCUACAGAAAGUUAAAGAAGAGUUGAUGUUGUUGGGGUUCAUAUCGCUGCUGCUGACGGUGUUCCAAGGGGCUAUCCAGAAUAUCUGCAUCCCCGAGGGAUGGACCAGGCACAUGCUUCCCUGCAAAAAGGAGUUGGAGGAGGCUGAGACGACGGAGCACUUCAGCUCCGCCUUCUUUGCCGGUGUUCUCGGAAGCGGCCGACGGCUGCUCUCUGGAAGUGGACUCGGGGAGGAACAUUGCCAAAGGAAGGGAAAAGUCCCAUUGCUAUCUCUUGAAGCAAUACAUCAGUUGCAUAUCUUCAUCUUUGUUCUGGCAAUCACUCAUGUGGUUUUCAGUGUUCUCACCAUGCUUUUGGGAGGAGCACAGAUAAGUCAGUGGAAACACUGGGAAGAUUCAAUCCAGAAAGAAAUUACAGGAAAUGGGACAGCUUCCCAAAAGGUUACCGAUGUGCAACAAUUUGAGUUUAUCAGGGACCAUUUCAAGGGUAUUGGCAAAGAUUCACGGAUCCUAAGUUGGGUGCAUUCUUUUGCCAAGCAAUUCUGUGGUUCUGUAACUAAAUCGGACUACACCACAAUGAGACUGGGUUUUAUUACGACACAUUGCAGGGGCAACCCAAAAUUUGAUUUCCAUAAGUAUAUGGUGCGAACCCUUGAAGCUGAUUUCAAGAAAGUUGUUGGUAUAAGUUGGUACCUUUGGAUCUUUGUGGUCAUCUUCAUGGUGCUGAAUGUUAAUGGUUGGCAUACAUUUUUUUGGGUAGCAUUCAUUCCUUUGAUUCUUCUGCUUGCUCUUGGCACUAAAUUGGAGCAUGUCAUUGCUCAGUUGGCCAAUGAGGUUGCUGAAAAGCAUUCAGCAAUUGAAGGUGAUCUGGUGGUCAAGCCAUCAGACAAUCACUUCUGGUUCCACCGGCCACGUAUCGUACUGUACUUGAUUCACUUCAUCCUCUUUCAAAAUGCCUUCGAGAUUGCAUUUUUCUUCUGGAUACUGACUACUUAUGGCUUUCGUUCCUGCAUCAUGGAUCAUGUUGGUUUUAUCAUCCCCAGACUUGUGAUUGGGGUCAUCAUCCAGCUCCUCUGCAGCUACAGUACUCUGCCACUGUAUGCCAUUGUCUCUCAGAUGGGGAGUUCUUUCAAGAAGGCCAUAUUUGAUGAUCAUGUGCGAGAGGACCUUGUUGGCUGGGCUGAGAAGGUAAAGAAGCGGAAGGUGGCAAAAAUGGGCAAUGGUCAUGCUGGAUUAAGCCGUACACCAGCAGAAUCUUAUGUCAAGAUUGAGAUGCAGGGAGUGGUUGGGCAGAAAGUAUAGGGGGAAGGUGGGGGACAUGCUCACCCAGAUAUGUCAUUGGUAACUAUUCCUAAGACCCAUUAAUUGGCCAGCAACCAAGAUAUUGUAAUUUAUACGCCAAACUUAAUAUGUCAGCGUACAUUCAGAACAAGUUUUGCAUGUGUUGUAUAUAAUACACCCGAGGAUGCUGCUCACUGAGUUACCAAUGAAGAUUGAAAUAAUUUACGGGCA